UGAUGUCAUAUAAUCAUAAUCAUAUAAUUAGUUUAAUACUUUACAGUCCUUUACUUAACAUAUUCUCCCCCGUGACAGCUGUAAUGUUCGGUGCUUGAGUUUGUUGAGAUUGUUUUGCAGAAGUGUUGGUGUUUCCAACGGUAUGAUAAUCAUAGGGGACAUGUAGUUUGCGGCGUUGUCAAUGACCACAGAGCUGAAUCGACACCUCUCUGAAACAGUUUUGACACAAACAAGAAACACAGAUAGUAUAACCUUCAUGGAGGACUGAAAUGAAUAAAAGAUAAUUGGAUAAAAAACUGUCUAAAGUGUCAAGACGGAUGCUAGAUGGAGCAGAUAUCAGGUUUGCCCAUGCAGGAGUUUGUUCCCGAUAUGUUGUGCAUAGAAACUGAAAGCUGCCUCUCCAUAUUCUAUAUUCAAAUUCAAAGUUAAAUAUACACUGCCGUGGCCUAUUCAAAUAGAAUCAACGAUACAGUAACUGUAGUAAAAGUUGUUUCUCUGCGGAUGGAGCUGUAUAGCAAUGGUUAUGUUGUUAGCUACUGUAUCUUAGUGACAUAUCACAGCCUCCAAUGACAACAAAUACACAAGUAAAUAAACAUUAGGUAAACCAUGGAGAUCUUUGAGGGCCCACUUCUACACCACUAUAUUUCAAAGGCAAAUAUGGUACCAAUUUAAUCCUCAUGGCAUUUUUCUUUUACAGCUGUGGCUGCUUUGAAGAUCAAGACUGUACGUACAAAACAUAUGAUCAGCUGUUGAAGAUUAAAAAGGUUCUCCAUCAAGGUCCAAAUGCCCGGCCCAGUCUGAGGCUGCGGGUCGAGGGGCGGGGGUGAGCAGUGAGGACAGCGUCUCUGGUCCACAGGCGCAAUGAGCGGGGGAGCGGAGCAAGCCGACAUCCUGAGCGUGCUCUCCCUGGUCAAGGAGCGAUGGAAAGUGACGAAGAAGAUCGGGGGUGGAGGGUUCGGCGAGAUCUACGAGGCGCUGGACCUGCUGACGCGGGUCAGCGUGGCGCUGAAGGUGGAGUCGGCCCAGCAGCCCAAGCAGGUGCUCAAGAUGGAGGUCGCCGUGCUCAAGAAGCUGCAGGGUAAAGACCACGUGUGUCGCUUCGUGGGAUGUGGCCGCAAUGACCGCUUUAACUACGUGGUGAUGGAGCUUCAGGGUCGUAAUCUGGCCGACCUGAGGAGGAGCAUGACCCGCGGCACGUUCAGCAUCAGCACCACCCUGCGGCUGGGUCGCCAGAUCCUGGAAUCCAUAGAGAGCAUCCACUCCGUCGGCUUCCUGCACCGCGACAUCAAACCGUCUAAUUUCGCCAUGGGUCGCUUCCCCAGCACCUGUCGUACCUGCUACAUGCUGGACUUUGGUUUGGCUCGCCAGUUCACCAACUCUUGUCAGGAGGUCCGACCUCCUCGUCCGGUGGCAGGGUUCAGGGGAACAGUCCGUUAUGCAUCUGUCAACGCUCACAAGAAUAAGGAGAUGGGUCGUCACGAUGACCUCUGGUCCCUCUUCUACAUGCUGGUGGAGUUUCUGGUCGGCCAGUUGCCAUGGAGGAAGAUCAAGGACAAAGAACACGUGGGGAAGCUGAAGGACACCUAUGACCAUCGUCUGAUGUUGAAACAUCUGCCGGCAGAGUUCGGCGUGUUCUUGGAACACAUCUCCACCCUGGACUACUUCACCAAGCCCGACUACCAGCUGCUGAUGUCAGUGUUUGACAACAGCAUGAAAACCUACAAUGUGGUGGAGAAUGACCCCUACGACUGGGAGCGGACUGGCACCGAUGGCACCUUGACGAUCAGUGCCAGCGCCACGACACCACAACAUCACACCCGCCUCACUCCGGCGCAUAUGGGCAUGGCGAAUGCCUCCAUGAUACCUGGUGACCUGCAGAGGGAAAACACAGAGGAGGUUUUGCAAGAUGAGCAGCUCAGCGACGCGGAGAACAACCCCGCUCCCGAGCGCCUGCCCGGCUCUCCGCUCCACCCGCACCGCAACCAGGAGGCCGACGUCUGGGAGGAGCUGGACCGCAACCGCAAUCGCAUCAGGACAGCCGCAUGGAAGGCGGCGACGGAGGAGGAACCCAUCAACAACCAGGCCAACCAAGGACAGCAGAACCCCUACGCCGGGCCAAGUCUGGGUUCUCCGGUCAAACUACACUCGGAGGUGAUGGCUUCUGACCGCGACGGCCCUCUGCUGAGGAAGCUCCGCAACAUCCACAGCUUUGAGCUGGAGAGGAGGCUCGGCCUGGAGUCAAAACAAAGUCCAGAGCGUUUCCUCGAGGCCUGCCCGACUCAGCAGCAGCCUGGCGCCCCUCACCAGGAGAAGGAGGCUCACGGAGCUGCAAUCAUCCCAGUAACUCAGGUUCAAGCUGUGCCUGCCGGCGAGCGUCCCGACAGGGUCUGGCACUAUGACGAGGAGUUCCUGUCCGGCGCUGGUUCCCCCAAGCCAGAAUCCCCUGGAUCUCUGGAGCAGGGAGAGGGGGCGGCCAGCAGCGGGGGCUUUGUGGCCCUCAAUCUGAGCUCUGGGAAGCAGGACAUUGACUCAAGGGAGUGGGUAAUGGUGGAGCGGCCCAGUGGCUCCCCGGGAGCCAAGGCUACCACCAGCCCCUCGGUGGAGGACGAGGAGCCGGAGGUGCUCCAGCCGGGGGAACAGUCUCCCGGGUGGGGAAAGGGCAGCCCGAGCCCCGGAAGAGCCAAACAGGAAAGCAUGUCUUCCUCCAGGAGAAGCGCAAAAGUGGACAAGUUGGAGCUUAGCGUGGGCCCUGCGGGGGCUCUGCCCCCCGUCACGCCAACCAGCCCGGCUGACGCUCUGGCCGAGGGAGUUCUCACUCAGUUCCCCACCUCUCCUCCGUCCCUGCCUGAGGAAGUCGCUGCCCGGACGUCCAGCCCUGUCCCUCUGCGCUCCCCCAGCCCUCACACCCUCCUGACCACCUUGUCGGACCCGCUGCACCAGCGCCAUCCGUGGGGCAUGAGGCGCAGCCAGUCUGCCGACCAGCAGCGGCAGGAGCGUCCCUCCUCCUCCUCCUCCUGCCAUGCCUCCCUUCCACCUCCGCCAAACCCUGCCCCGGGCGCCUGCUCGCCCAGUCGUAGGAAACUGCCGGCCAUCCCGGCGGGCGCCGCCAACGCCAAGUUUCCCUCCGUCAUACGCAUCACACGUGCCCAACUUCAGCAGUUGACAGCUCAGCGUCCCUCCGGUCUGUCCUCCCAGUCAGGAUCAGACAGUGCUCCACAGUGCCUCCUCCUGGAGAGGCGUGGUGAGGCUGGAGCUGAGGCUCAGCAGGUCGAGGAGCACACAGUGGACAUCACCUCCCCACAGGACCACCCAGGGACACCCACAGACCCCCUGGCCGAAACUCUGGUCAACGGAGACAGCCACACCAAAGUUCAAAGCCCCGUGCCAAGUCGCGUGUCUUCCCCGCGCUCCCCCCGUUCCCCACGCACACCUCCUCCACGCUCGCCCUCCUCCCCACACUCCCCUCGCUCUCCUCGCUCCCCGCGCAGUCCUAUUUUUGCCAAUGGACUCUUCUCUCCGCAUGCUUCUAGCCAAAAGGAUUCAAGUAAUGGGGCUUUCCCCAAGCUUAAAGACCCCGAGAAUGAUUCUGGCCCCACUCCCUGUGCCACAGAGUCUCAGCUAAGGGGGGAGGAAGGUAGAGAGGUGAUCCAGGCCCCAGAGCAGACUAGCAGCCCAGUCUCCUCCUCCCCGGCUGCCCCCCAUAAGGACCCCAGCCGCAGGCAAAGUCGCAUCCCAGUCCUGGAGCCCUUUAGCCUGCUAGAACUCCCACCCCCAGGGUCUGCCAAGGAGAAGCUCCUAAGGAAGAAAGCCAGCCACCAGGGCCUGGUCCCCUCUCCAACUGCGUCACCAUCCCUCUCCGAUAGGCGCGGUCCCAUAGUGGCCUCCCUUGCAAGGGACCCGCUGUCCUCCACCUCCGACCGCUCCCAGGACGAGGACUCUCUCAUGGGCUCCCGCUCCGACCGCCAGGGAGACGACGCAGCGUCCCUCUCCUCCUCCUCCAGCCCUCUGUCCCGCAAGAGCCGGAUCCCUCGUCCUGUGCAUUCAGCCUCUUCCGCUGAGCAGCUGGCCGCUCAAUUCCUGCCACGCCCCCCGCCCGGAAAGCCACCUAGCCGCCCCACAGUGGAGGGCAGGCAUAGGCGUUACCGCAUCCGAGCCGGCAGCACCAGUGACUCGGACCUCCUGACAUGCCUUGCUCAGCUGAUGCAUGGCUCCCGCGGCUCCCCCGUCCACCACCGCUCCUCAGCCCAGCAAGGGGGCUCCAGGAUGGGCAUCUGCAGCCUGACGAGCUCGCCGCACCACCACCGCAGCUCUAGCGCGUCGCCGCGCAGCUCCUCCUCCCUGCAGCGCUCCGUCAGCUCCUCGCCCUCCCGCCACGAGCACCGUGGCAGCGGGGGAGGGGGCUGCCUGGGCCGCAGUCGCUCGCCGCCCAGCUUCUCUGGCUCGCCGCCUCCCCGCCGCUUCUACACUCACCACCAGGAGACUUGCUGCAGCCGCCAGGCACGCACGGGUCCCUUCCACCUGUCCAAGGGGAAAGGCUGCAGCCGAGAGGGCAAGUGCUCCAGCAAGCUGAGCAGAUAGUUGCGCUGCCACAGCAGGAGGAUGGGAAGACUCCAGUCAUGACAGGGUAGACACCAGUCAGGAUAAAAACCCGAGUCUUCCUCUAUAAUUUAGUCUUGCAGUCUGAACCUUAUACUUGUCUCGCCACUUCCCAGUGGUCUCUCCUUAUGUUUGCACACGGGCGUUUGUUGUUCAUUUAUGCGCUUAGCUUUCAAGGCGAACUCCAGCGAUUUAGUAUUGGAUUACCCUAAGGUUUUGGGACAUAACAGAGAGGCCGAGAUGUCCUGACACUAAAAGCUCCAACUUACAUUUCCCUGGCUCCUCACUUUGAGUCAAAUGAACUUCACGUGUAGAAUCAUUCUUGUGCCCCUUUAUAACAAUUUAUCAGAAACAAACUACUGUACGUGGACAUGUAAGAGACCUCAUUUUAUAUUUGAUAAAAUGCGAAAUAAUGUAGCUGCAAAAUUUAACAAGUCUUUCCCAUUGCAGGACUUUGUAUAAUACAUGAAUCAAUAGUUAGUUGAGCCAAUAGGCACGUGAAUAAAUCAGUUUUCUAUUUAUUCAAUUCUAAAUCAUCCCGCACAACAAUAUAUCGUAAGUUAUUUAUCCCCCAGUAAUGAUGCACUUGUAUUAUACUGAUGGAACAUCAGUGUGGCUGAUCCCAGCUUAAUUUAAUAUGAGCCUGGGGUUGACUCAGUUGUCUCCUCUGAUUUUGGAGACGCCAGGCAGGGUAUAAUAUUUACUUUGUGAGAAUCUGUGUACAGUUGUAUUUAUUGAGAUAUUUAUUUUGAUGCUUAGCAACGCCCUAUGACUCUGACCCCCGUCUGUGUGAUGUUUGUGUCGCUCAGAUUAUGUUUUAAACGCUUAAUCGAAGGGAUUACGCCGUAGCGAUUCCUUUAAUACAAUCAAUCACGUAAAAGUGUGUGAGGACACACCUUUUUUUGUGCCUACUGUGUUGCUGAGAGGUAAUUUGAAGGAAUUAAUCGUGGAGCUCCUUUUAGAUCCAAAGGCACUAAUGGAACACGUGUCAGUAGUAGUCGUAGUAGCGGUAGUACGUGUAAAGAACACAAAGUACAUUACGUGAUGUCCAGAUGCAGAUAUUUGUCUCAGCGUGUGCCUUGGCACUUUGGGCAGCCUGAGGAUUCACUCUGGUGUGUCUGUAAUUAAAAAAAAAAAACAGAAAAAAGGAGCCAAAAUCAGACGUGUGCCGGUGGUUGUAAGUCGACCCUCUUCCCCAGUAUUCUUUUAAAUAUAAAAAGGUAGCAACACAACUGUUUGUAUUGUUGUAAAAUCCCACACAAUUUGAGCAACAGUUUACUUGAGGAACAGAGUAGCUAAUUAUUUGUAAUGACUAAAGGAAAUAUUUCAAGUUUUCUUAAACCCACUUGAGCUGUCCUGCGUCCGCCAUGUCAGUGUUUGAGAUUAAAACUUUGAACAAAUGUGAAUCUUCUGACCUCAAACUGACAUUUUUUGUCAAAUGUUAAUGAAAAUGGAGGCCAUAUCUACAUUCAGUAUAUUUCUCAAAUCUCAAAUCUUCACUGAUGAAGAAUGUUCAUGUUUUUUUUCUGUCCCCCCCCCCCCCCCUGCGCCGGAGAAUGUCUUUUAUAUAAUGACGUACAUUGUGUUUUGUGCACAAGGCGAAGGAAUCAGUAUUGUUUGUUUUAUUCUAACACUUUUUUUUUUUUUGUUAGGAUUCCUCACUGAAACACUCCUCUCCACAACCUCUUCCCACUCCUCUGCUUGUAAGAUACUGUAAAAAAAAAUAACUCCGGCUUCCUUCCAGUGCUACUCUUUGCAUGCUCGACAGAGAAAAGACGGGAAUUGAAAAAACAAAACAUAGAAGAAAAAAAUCUGAAUCAACUACUGAGUAAAAAGCUGCAUACCACUUAACAUUACAGGGCAUUUAUCUUGUGAAGAUUCUAGCCCAGCAGGGACCUCAUCACCUGUUGGCUUGGCAAGUUACAUUUCUGUAGAAUCAUCUCAAUAUUCAUUUUCCUCCCUUCCCACCUGACGUACGACUCUAGUUUUUUUUUGCGCUUCCUGCACUGACUUUGGAUGAUUGUGUUGCUGGUUAAUGAUAAAGACAUUAUUUUUAUUUCUAGUUGUGCAACUAGCUAAGGACUUGAUGCACAAAAUAAUUAUAAGCAAAAUGAAAAAAGGAGAAGAGACUUUGUAAUGUAGGAAAAACACGCCCGUUGAAAGAUUAAUGUGCAGCCACAGUCUCCGUAAGACAGACGCUGCACAUUUUGACCAGACAUUGCCAAAUAUUUUGAUAAAUUUUUUGCAAGAUGUGUUGUUUGACGUGAGAUGUGAUAACCACGGGAGCGUAUAGAGGUCGAAUGGGCACAUUUGCGCUCUCUACUCUACUGUACCCACGCUCGCCUCACAGAGCAGCUACGAUGACUCAUCCUGAAGUGCAGACAGCGUUCAGUCAGUCAGCCGCCUUAAUGUCUCUUCUCUGCCCCCUCUGUGCAUAGCGAGGGAUGACUGAGCCUUGUCUGUUUUGGUGAUCAUUCCACUACCAGGGCCAAGCCAAGCCUUUCCCCUCACGUAUCCCUUGUCUGUAAACGGCCGGUGCUGCCAUGCCUGUCAGUAUGUCACCACUGAAAUCAGUGCUGCCAGACUCCAAAGCUUACAAAGCUUCUACCGUCAGAGCUUUUUUUUCUGUGAGACUGCAUGGGCCGUUCAAUUGAUUGGCUGAAAUGAAAACAUUUCAGCAAGCAGUAUUCAACGUGUGUUUGUUCCCUGUCAUAACUCUACUGUACGCUCUGCUCAAACGGGGGAGGGGGGGCGUGCAGUUUCUAUAUGUCGCCAGCAAUCAAUCUUUUGAAUUCUCCCCCCCCCCCCCCCCCCCCCUCCUUUCAGACUCACAGGUUUUCAAGCUUUCAGAAGUUCAGAAUGCUGUUGUGUGGACUUUUAAUAUAUACCUGUAAAAUACUCAAAUAAUUAUUUAAAUAAAAUCCUUAUUGUAAAAAAACAUGACUUAUAUGCUAACAAUCUUCAGUGGAAGGGGAGAGGAACAGACACUAAACAGUGCUGCUGAUUUUAAAAGAUAAUCUGGUUUCUCUCGUGUUUUUUAUUUAUUUUAAUUAUCAUUAUUGCACAUAAGUGAUGUGUAGUCGUAGUACUUGUGAAACCUUCCAGGUGAGAAUAUCUUUGUCACUUUUUAAAGUGGCCUGCUGCUGAAGGUGACAUAUUUAUGGUAGCUUGCUGGUAGCAGAUACCCAAUAGGCCAACAAGAACAAUCCCAGCUGUUUUGUUUUUUAAUUUUGAAAGGUGAGACAGAAACUAACGAAAGCUUUGGUGUAAACCGGUACACUUCUCAUGUCAUAACAUCGGAUUACCUGUUAAUAACUUAUAAAUACUUGACAGAAAUUAUUUAUUGUGACAUUUUGCUAAUUUGCCCAUCCAUCAUUUUGACCUCACUCGUUGGGAUUUUUUUUAAUGGUUGAUAUUUUUUUGUCUUGUAAUGUACGUCCUGGUUUUGAAACGUACUGUAACUGUACAGUCUCAAGGAAAGAAUGUAACAAGCGGGAGGUUUGCAUUGUAUAUAACUGUAAUUAUUUAUGUUUAUUCUAUCAUUUGUAUCAUAUCAAUGCCUUGUACAGUGUUUCUUUUUCUUUUUCUUUUUGUUUUGAAAUUAUUUUGUAUUUUAUUUUUAUAAACUGGUUAUAAAUAAAAUACUCAUUCCGCAUGCAGACAGAAUCUUGUGAAAGGUUUUCUGCUUUUAAAUGCUAACAGAAAUUCUAACAUACAAUUGUGUGUUUUUAUUAAUACACUGGACUGUCAGCUUUUGAAAAAAAAUAAUUUUAUUAACAAAAAACAAUCUGUAACAAUUGGACACCACUGAUGACUGAUUAAAUAUAAUAACAUUCCAAAUAGAUACAUGAAUCCAAAAUACUGUACAACAUAAAACAAAACAAUAUAUAUAUAUAUAUAUAUAUAUAUAUAUAUAUAUAUAUAUAUAUAAAGUUACAUAUCAAAAAGCUAAAUACAUCUCAUAAUCUUUGGCAGUACAAUUUCCCAUGUGUGUAAUCCUUGUAAUGGCAUAAUCCUUUACUGUAUGUAUGUUGAAUUUACCGAACAGUACCAUUAAAUUAAUCAUACCUUU